AAUAUUACUCAAAAACAUGUAUCGCAAGUUCGCAACUUUAGAAAGGGAAUUCCUCACCAACCACCCGCAACGCAUCCUUCUUGAAUCUGAGUAUCUGCCUUUAUUUAAGUACUCUGAGACUGUACCUCACUCCGAUUUCAGUAUCACUCUCAUCACUCCCCUUCCCAUUUCAGUUUUCAGGUGCUUUUUAAGAGGAUGGGUAGUGCUUCUGAAGGGAAAUUAAGGUUUUGUAUAGACAGAGGGGGCACUUUCACUGAUGUUUAUGCAGAGAUCCCCGGCGGGCUCGAUGGUCGGGUUAUGAAGCUUCUCUCUGUUGACCCUUCAAACUAUGAUGAUGCCCCCGUGGAAGGGAUUCGGAGGAUCUUGGAAGAGUUCACUGGAGAGAAAAUUCCACGCAGCUCAAAGAUACCAACUGAGAAGAUUGAGUGGAUAAGGAUGGGUACAACGGUGGCGACAAAUGCACUUCUAGAGCGAAAGGGAGAGCGGAUUGCUGUGUGUGUGACGCAAGGAUUUCGAGAUUUACUCCAGAUUGGUAACCAGGCUCGCCCCAGCAUAUUUGACCUUACUGUAUCGAAGCCGUCGAAUCUCUAUGAAGAGGUUGUAGAGGUGGAGGAGAGGGUUCAGCUUGUUCAGGGCAAGGAGGAAGAGGAAGAAAAACAGGGCGAUACUUUAUCGGUUGUUGAAGGAAUUUCUGGGGAGCUUCUUAGGAUUGUAAAGCCUCUUAAUGAAGAAGCAUUAAAGCCUGUACUUAAAAAGUUGUUGGCCAAAGGAAUUAGUUGCUUGGCUGUUGUUUUGAUGCACUCAUACACUUAUCCACAACAUGAACAACGGGUUGAGAAGCUAGCUUUGAGUCUGGGGUUCAGACAUGUCUCUAUAUCAUCUGCUUUGACUCCCAUGGUCCGUGCUGUUCCUCGUGGUUUAACAGCCAGUGUUGAUGCUUAUCUAACGCCUGUUAUUAAAGAGUACCUGUCAGGCUUCAUCUCAAGAUUUGAUGAGGGACUGGGGAAGUUGAAUGUUUUAUUUAUGCAGUCGGAUGGAGGACUUGCACCUGAGAGUAGUUUCUCAGGGCACAAAGCAAUUUUGUCUGGCCCUGCUGGUGGAGUUGUCGGUUACUCGCAAACCCUUUUCGAUCUUGAAACGGAUAAGCCAUUAAUUGGCUUUGAUAUGGGAGGUACAUCUACAGAUGUUAGUCGAUAUGCAGGGAGCUAUGAGCAAGUUCUGGAAACCCAGAUUGCUGGUGCCAUAAUACAAGCACCUCAGCUUGACAUAAACACAGUGGCUGCUGGUGGUGGUUCAAAGUUGAAGUUCCAAUUUGGAGCUUUUAAAGUUGGACCAGAAUCGGUUGGAGCACACCCAGGUCCUGUAUGUUACCGGAAGGGUGGAGAGUUGGCAAUUACAGAUGCUAACCUUAUUCUAGGAUAUGUUAUUCCUGAUUAUUUCCCAUCCAUAUUUGGGCCAAAUGAAGACCAGCCUCUUGAUGUCAAGUCUACAAGAAAAGAGUUUGAGAAACUUGCCGAGCAAAUAAAUGCUCACAGAAAGAACCAGGAUCCAACGGCUAAAGACAUGGCAGUGGAAGAGAUUGCCCUUGGUUUUGUGGAUGUUGCUAAUGAGACAAUGUGUCGACCAAUAAGGCAGUUGACUGAAAUGAAGGGCCAUGAGACCAAGAAUCAUGCGCUUGCUUGCUUUGGAGGUGCUGGACCUCAGCAUGCAUGUGCCAUAGCUAGGUCACUAGGUAUGAAGGAAGUGCUCAUUCACAAAUUUUGUGGGAUCUUAAGUGCUUAUGGCAUGGGAUUGGCAAAUGUUGUGGAAGAGGCACAAGAGCCUUAUUCUGCAGUGUAUGGAGCCGAAUCUACACUUGAGGCUUCACAACGUGAAGCUGUAUUAGUGGCACAGGUAAAGCAGAAGUUGCAAAAGCAAGGAUUUAAAGAGGAAAGCAUUUCAACAGAGACAUAUUUAAAUCUGAGAUAUGAGGGUACAGACACUGCAAUCAUGGUCAAAAGACAUACAACUGAGGAUGGAACUCCAGAACAGAAAGAUUGUAAUUUGUGAUGUUAGAGUUCGUGGUAUAGGAGUUACUAAUAUAUUGAGGCCACGGGCCAUAGGAUCUGCAUCCACAAGUCCUAUAGAAGGCAAAUAUAAGGUUUACUUUGGAAAUGGUUGGCAGGAAACACCCCUCUAUAAGCUUGAGAAGCUGGGUUCUGGGCAUGUGAUCUUAGGGCCUGCGAUUAUCAUGAAUGGAAAUAGCACUGUGAUUGUAGAACCCAACUGUAGAGCCACUAUAACCAAAUACGGAAACAUCAAGAUAGAAAUUGAUUCCCCGUUGAGCAGUGUUAAAAUAUCUGAUAAAGUUGCGGAUGUUGUGCAGCUCUCCAUCUUCAAUCACAGAUUUAUGGGUAUAGCUGAGCAGAUGGGAAGGACUUUACAAAGAACUUCUAUUUCUACAAAUAUCAAAGAACGGCUAGAUUUUUCUUGUGCACUGUUUGAUCCUAGUGGGGGCCUGGUUGCAAAUGCCCCUCAUGUUCCAGUCCAUCUAGGAGCUAUGUCUACUACAGUUCGGUGGCAGCUCAAUUACUGGGGUAACAAUUUGAACGAAGGAGAUGUAUUGGUCACUAAUCAUCCUUCAGCUGGAGGUAGCCAUCUUCCUGAUAUUACUGUCGUCACACCUGUAUUCUUCAAUGGAAAGUUGGUAUUCUUUGUGGCAAACAGAGGGCAUCAUGCGGAAAUUGGGGGUAUUACUCCUGGAAGCAUGCCUCCAUUUUCAAAGUCCAUAUUGGAGGAAGGUUCUGCUAUUAAAACAUUUAAGCUUGUGGAUAAAGGUGUCUUCCAAGAAGAAGGAAUUAUAAAUCUUCUCCAGUGCCCAGGAACUGAUAAGCAGGGAAAUAAGGUACCAGGAACUCGUAGGAUUCAGGAUAACUUAUCAGAUCUUCAUGCACAAGUAGCAGCAAAUCAGAGAGGAAUUUCUCUUGUCCAAGAGCUCAUUGAGCAGUAUGGUCUGGAAACAGUUCAGGCUUACAUGAACUAUGUACAGAAGAAUGCAGAAGCAGCAGUAAGAGAGAUGCUGAAGUCAGUUGGUCUUAGAAUUUCCUCUGAAUCAAAUGAAAACGGAGCGACUAUUGAAGAAGAGGACUACAUGGACGAUGGAUCUGUUAUCCAUUUGAAAUUGAGCAUUGAUUCAAACAAAGCAGAAGCAGUUUUUGAUUUUGGUGGGACGAGCGCUGAGGUCUAUGGUAACUGGAACGCACCCGAAGCUGUAACGGCUGCAGCUGUCAUAUACUGUGUCCGCUGUCUGGUGAAUAUCGAUAUUCCUCUGAAUCAAGGCUGUUUGGAUCCAGUCAAGAUUCUUAUUCCGGAAGGCUCGUUUCUGUCUCCUGGUGAUACUGCUGCUGUAGUAGGAGGUAAUGUCCUCACCUCUCAGAGGAUAACCGACGUCAUAUUUACUGCAUUUCAGGCCUGUGCUUGUUCACAGGGUUGUAUGAAUAAUCUCACAUUUGGAGACAACACAUUUGGUUACUACGAAACAAUUGGCGGCGGGAGUGGGGCUGGUCCUUCAUGGGAUGGGACCAGCGGUGUACAGUGCCACAUGACGAACACACGCAUGACUGAUCCGGAAAUAUUUGAGCAAAGAUAUCCAGUUAUUCUUCACAAGUUCGGACUUCGAGAAAACAGUGGGGGAGAUGGAGUUCACAGAGGUGGUGAUGGGCUUCUCAGAGAAAUAGAGUUCAGGCGCCCUGUAAUUGUUAGCAUUCUCUCUGAGAGACGUGUUCAUGCACCAAGAGGGCUCAAGGGUGGGAAAAAUGGCGCCCGUGGUGCUAACUACCUGAUAAAGAAAGAUAAAAGAAAGAUUUAUCUCGGUGGUAAGAAUUCAGUUGAGGUGCUUCCAGGAGAAAUUCUUCAAAUUUUGACUCCUGGUGGCGGGGGUUGGGGUUCUCCAUUGUAGAAUUAUGAGCUUCAUACUUCAUGUUAUGAUACACACUUUGAUGCACAUCAAUAAAAUUUAAAUAAUUCUGUUUCUAUUUUA